AUGGCGACCCUGGACCAGAAAUCACCCAAUGUGCUUCUCCAGAGUCUUUGCUGCAGGAUUACGGGGAAAAGCGAAGCUGAAGUUGCCCACCAGUUUCAGUAUGCAGUGCGAGUCAUCGGCAGUAACUACGCUCCCACCAUCGAGCGCGAUGAGUUCCUGGUGUCAGAGAAGAUCAAGAAGGAAUUGCUUAAGCAGAGGAGAGAAGCAGACGCCGCUCUGUUCUCGGAGCUCCACAGAAAACUUCAGACGCAGAGUGUGCUGAAGCAUCGCUGGUCCGUUCUCUACUUGCUGCUCAGCCUCUCUGAAGACCCCCGCAAGCCAUCCAGCAGAGUCGGAAACUAUGGGGCACUUUUUGCCCAAGCCCUCCCCAGGGACGCCCACUCCACCCCGUUCUACUGCACCCGGCCCCAGAGCCUGGCCCUGGGCUACGCCGAGAGGGGCGCGGCUCUGUCAGCCAGCGUGGGGACCAGCGGCAUCUCCAGCCUGGGAGUCUACACCCUGAACGGACCCACGCCGACGCCACAGUCACUGCUGGCCGGUCAGCCCCCUCAGUCCGCAGCAGGAGGCGGGCAGUCUUUGGGCUCUCGGCUGGCUUGGACUCUUCCGGUCAGCUGCUCUCCUUCCACUCUGGCCCUGCCCAACACUCGCCCGCUCGGGCCCCCAGUUCCCUCCCCCAGAGUGGUCCAUCCCCGAAAAGACGGGGAGGUGAGCGAGACGGCUCUGGUGCGGGACAUACUCUACGUCUUUCAGGGAAUCGACGGCAAGUUCAUCAAGAUGAGCGGCCCGGAUAACUGUUACAAAAUAGACAGCAAGGUGGUGCUGUGCAAGUCCCUGAGAGACACCAGCAGCAGACUGGCCGAGCUCGGCUGGCUCCACAACAAAGUCAGGAAGUACACCGACGCCAGGAGCCUCGACCGAGCCUUCGGACUGGUCGGACAGAGCUUCUGCGCCUCGCUCCACCAGGAGCUGAAGGAGUAUUACAGGCUGCUGUCGGUGCUCCACUCCCAGUUGCAGGUGGAGGAUGAUCAGGGUAUGAACGUGUGCGCAGAGGGUAGCCUGACCCUCAGGAGGCUUCUGGUCUGGAUGUACGACCCCAAAGUCCGGCUCAAAACGCUGGCGGCUCUCGUCGACUUCUGCCAAGGUCGUAAAGGAGGCGAGCUGGCUUCAGCGGUCCAUUCUUACGGGAAAACUGGGGACCCGCAGAUGAGAGCGCUCGUUCAUCACAUCCUCAGCCUGGUGUCGCACCCCAUCCUCAACUUCCUGUACAGGUGGAUCUAUGACGGAGAACUAGAGGAUACCUACCACGAGUUCUUCGUAGCAUCAGAUCCCAAUGUGAAGACGGAUCGCCUGUGGCAUGACAAGUACUCCCUCAGGAAGUCAAUGAUCCCCACAUUCAUCACCAUGGACCAGGCCCGCAAGGUUCUGCUGAUUGGUAAGUCCAUCAACUUCCUGCAUCAGGUCUGUCAUGACAGAACGCCGCCAGGCAAAAUCACGGCAGCGUCCAAGUCUGCAGAUACGCCCAAAGACGCUGCGGAGUUGCUGUCCGACCUUGAGGGGGCGUUCCAGGAGAAGAUCGACGCCGCCUACUUCGACACCAGCAAAUACCUGUUGGACGUCCUCAACCGCAACUACCUGCUGCUGGAGCACCUGCAGGCCAUGAGGAGAUACCUGCUGCUGGGCCAAGGAGACUUCAUCAGACACCUCAUGGACCUGCUGAAACCGGAGUUGGCACGCCCCGCCACCACUUUGUACCAGCACAACCUGACCGGUAUCUUGGAAACUGCGGUCAGAGCCACAAACGCCCAGUUUGACAACGCAGAGAUCCUCAAGAGGCUGGAUGUGCGCCUGCUAGAGGUGUCUCCUGGGGACACCGGCUGGGAUGUUUUCAGUCUGGACUACCACGUGGAUGGACCCAUUGCCACGGUGUUUACAAGGGAGUGUAUGGGCCACUACCUGCGGGUGUUUAAUUUCCUGUGGCGGGCCAAGAGGAUGGAGUACACACUGACUGACAUCUGGAAGGGACAGAUGUGUAAUGCCAAACUGCUCAAAACCAUGCCUGAGUUGUCCGGCGUUCUGCAUCAGUGUCACAUCCUGGCCUCCGAGAUGGUCCAUUUCAUCCACCAGAUGCAGUACUACAUCACCUUCGAGGUGCUGGAGUGCUCCUGGGACGAGCUGUGGAACAAAGUGCAGCAGGCCCAGGACCUCGACCACAUCAUCGCUGCGCACGACGUCUUCCUGGACACCAUCAUCUCCAGAUGUCUGCUAGACAGUAACAGCAGGUCUCUUUUGAACCAGCUGAGGGCCAUCUUCGACCAGAUCAUCGAGUUCCAGAGCGCCCAGGACUCCCUGUAUCGCUCGGCGCUGGAGGAGCUCUCUCUCCGGCUGCAGUACGAAGAGAAGAAGCGGCAAAGAGACGAGGAGGGUCAGUGGGCAGUGAACGAUGCACAGGAAGCAGAGGAGAAGAAGAGGAUUCAGGAGUUCCAGGAAACCAUACCAAAGAUGUGCUCCCAGCUCCGCAUCCUCACGCACUUCUACCAGAGCAUCGUCCAGCAGUUCUUGGUGUUGCUGAUGACCAGCUCCGACGAGAGCCUGCGUUUCCUCAGCUUCAGGCUGGACUUCAAUGAACACUACAGGUUUGUCUCCGAGAGCGCAGUUUACAGCCCGCGCUAUUCACGUCCGCGUGAGGCGGUCACAGACGAUCCUCUCGACAACCACGGCGACCUCACUCCUUCACACCGCAUCAACAACGGCCGCAUCAACAAUGUCCAGGGCGUUUCGUGUAUUUUCUGA